GCGGGCCGGGCCGGCGGCAUAUUCGCAUAUUCCUCACUUCUCUGGUGAAGAAUGGGAGAGAUAGAAGGAACGUACAGAGUCCUGCAGACCCCUGGGAGCCGCCUGGGUGCACAGACAGCUACGGGAGUGAGCACCCUCGAGCCCGGGCAGGCUCCCUCGGUGGCGACGGCAGGGCCACCAGGCAGGAUGCAGACGCACCUGCACAUGAGAGUGAAGCUGCUGGACGACACCGUGGAAGUGUUUGCCAUUGAGCCGAAAUCGGAUGGCCAGGUAUUACUGACACAAGUGUGGAAGCGUCUGAAUCUGAUGGAGUACGACUACUUCGGGCUGGAGUUCCAGAAUGUUCCAUCCUUCUGGAUUUGGCUCGAACCUAUAAAACCCAUCAUGAGGCAAGUACGAAGGCCCAAGAAUGCGAUGCUUCGCCUAGCGGUGAAAUUUUUUCCGCCUGAUCCAGGUCAGCUGCAAGAAGAAUAUACACGGUACCUGUUUGCCCUGCAACUUAAGAGAGACCUCCUGGAAGAGCGUCUGAGCUGCACAGACACCACAGCGGCCCUCCUCACGUCCCACCUCCUGCAGUCGGAAAUCGGAGAUUAUGAUGAAGCCCUGGAUCGCGAGCACCUGCAAGUUCACACGUACUUGCCCCAUCAGGAGCGUUCUCUGGAGAAGAUACUAGAAUUCCAUCGGAAGCACAUGGGCCAGACGCCUGCUGAGUCCGAUUUCCAGGUGCUCGAAGUUGCCCGAAAGUUGGAAAUGUACGGCAUCAGGUUUCACAAGGCUUCCGACAGGGAGGGGGCCAAGAUUAACCUGGCCGUUUCCCAUAUGGGUGUCCUCGUGUUCCAGAGCACCACCAAAAUUAAUACCUUCAACUGGUCCAGGGUCCGCAAACUCAGCUUCAAGAGGAAAAGAUUUCUAAUCAAACUCCACCCAGAGGUCCAUGGACCUUACCAGGACACACUGGAAUUCUUGUUGGGUAGUAGAGAUGAAUGUAAGAACUUCUGGAAGAUUUGUGUGGAGUAUCACACCUUUUUUAGACUUUUUGAUCAACCUAAGCCAAAAGCUAAAGCCGUCUUCUUCAGCAGGGGCUCCUCCUUCCGAUACAGUGGAAGAACUCAGAAACAACUGGUAGAUUGUGUCAAAGUCGGCGGGAUGAAAAGAAUCCCAUAUGAAAGAAGACACAGCAAGACUCGGAUGUCCGUCCGGACUCUGACUGCAGACUUGCCAAAGCAGAGCAUCUCAUUCACCGAGGGCAUGAGGACUUUUUCGUCCCCAUCUUCAGCAAACACCUCCUUCUACUCGGUCCCCGCCUCCCCUCUGGCCCCUCCUGGCCUGCCUGAUUUCAAGGACAGCAGCGGCUCCAUAGCAGGGCCCCAGGCUCCCCAUGUCAAGAGGCCGGCCGCAGAGAGGAACAGCGGAGCCCUGGAAGCCCCCGACUCGACACCGACCCAGCUCCCCGGGCACCCUGCGCUCCAGUCUUGUCAAGGCUUUUCUAUGGACAGUCCUCAGCCUUCUCCGUCCACCUGGAAGAGCCCACUGAGCCUGAGUCCUGCAUUUCAGGUGACUCUGGGCCCAGCUGAGCAGGGCUGGUCCCCACUCCUGAGCCCUGUCCUCAGCGAUGCUGGCGGAGCCAAGAUGGACGAUGAGGAGCCCAAGUACAAGUGCACGGGAGCGGAUGAGGCCUAUUUUAUAGCAAAGGAGAUUCUCGCUACAGAACGAACAUACCUGAAGGAUUUAGAAGUUAUUACCGUGUGGUUCCGCAGUGCAGUGGUCAAGGAGGACGCCAUGCCAGCAGACCUGAUGACCCUGGUCUUCUCCAACAUAGACCCUAUCUACGAGUUCCACAGAGGCUUCCUGCAUGAGGUGGAGCAGCGGCUAGCACUCUGGGAAGGACCUUCCAAUACCCAUGCCACAGACAGUCAUCAGCGAAUCGGGGACGUCCUACUCAGGAACAUGCAUCAGUUAAAGCAGUUUACCAGCUACUUCCAAAGGCACGACCAGGUCCUGACAGAACUGGAAAAGGCAACCAAGCGCUUCAGGAAGCUGGAGGCAGUGUACAGAGAGUUCGAGCUCCAGAAAGUCUGCUACUUGCCUCUCAACACGUUCCUGCUGAAGCCGGUCCAGCGGCUGGUGCACUACCGCCUGCUGCUGAGCCGGCUGUGUGGGUACUACGCCCCCAGGCACCAUGACUACGCCGACUGCCACGAUGCCCUCAAGGUCAUCACAGAGGUGACCUCCACUCUCCAACACAGCCUCGUCCGGCUGGAGAACCUCCAGAAGCUGACAGAGCUGCAGCGGGACUUGGUCGGCAUAGAGAACCUCAUCACUCCAGGCAGGGAAUUCAUCCGCGAGGGCUGCCUUCACAAGCUCACCAAGAAGGGCCUGCAGCAGAGGAUGUUCUUCCUGUUCUCAGAUAUGUUGCUGUACACAAGCAGAGGUGUCUCGGGGACCAGCCACUUCCGGAUCCGAGGCCUCCUUCCACUCCGCGGCAUGCUGCUAAUAGUGCUGGACCCACCGGUAGAAGAAAGCGAGAACGAGUGGUCUGUUCCGCACUGUUUCACCAUUUAUGCAGCUCAGAAAACAAUUGUGGUGGCAGCCAGCACUCGGCUGGAGAAGGGGAAGUGGGUGCACGACCUGAACACCGCAAUCGAAGCGGCCAAGGGCGGCAGUGACAUGACCCCGGCGCUGCCCAGCAACGUGGUGUGCGCUCCUGCCCGCAGAUCCUCCGACGAGGCCUCUGUGGAGCAAGAGUCAGAAGACGAUGCUCGCGGCCCCCACGGCUCCUCGGAAGCGCAGGGCCAGCUCCGGGGCAACACCACGGUGCACGUGUGCUGGUACCGCAACACCAGUGUGUCCAGAGCUGACCACAGUGCUGCCGUCAAGAACCAGCUUUCAGGUUAUCUGUUGAGAAAAUUCAAAAACAGUAAUGGCUGGCAGAAGCUCUGGGUGGUUUUCACCAAUUUCUGUUUGUUCUUCUACAAAACUCACCAGGACGACUACCCUCUGGCCAGCCUCCCACUGCUGGGCUACAGCGUGAGUGUCCCUGGGGAGGCCGACGGUAUCCACAAGGAGCACGUCUUCAAACUGCAGUUCAGGUCCCACGUCUACUUCUUCCGAGCUGAGAGCAAGUACACGUGUGGGAGGUGGAUGGAGGUGAUUGAGAGAGCCAGCAGCUCGCCCGGGAGGGCCGGGCCCCCCGAGGAGGAGGCAUGAAGCCCAUCCUGCCCAACGAGGGAGCAGAGCGGGUCAGCACAUGCCCGACUACUUGUCCUGUCUUCCCAACAACAGACCAGGGUGGUCCUCACAGUGACAUCUGGGGGGGCAUCGAUCCCCUCGAGACCCAGUUCAGUCCCUGGGCAGAACAUGCACGCAAGUGGAGCCGCAGGCCCAGCUCCUGUGUGGUGACCUAAGGUGGCAGUCCCCGGCCCUCUUCUCCUCCAGAGCAGGGUCCCGCUGGGGACUGGCUCCGCCUCAGCUGACAUGUGCUGCGCUCAGGCCCAGCUGGCCUUUCCUUCCUCAGUCUCAGUCAACCAGGGGCAGAGCACAGGCCUCAAGACCAGCAGCCAGGCUGGUGUCCACCCACACACCUCUGGAGAGGUAGAAACCGAAGUUCCCACGUGACCCUGGGAGCACGAGGGCCUGAGUCUCAGCACCCGUGUUUCGUAACAAGUGCAAGCCCACGUGUGCGCUGUUCAUGCAGACGUGUGGCUAAAAAUAAAGGGCAUCUCCCCGCGCCUGCAUACCACCCUGUUCAGUC